CCAAGGCUAUUGUGAAUCCCCUACCAUAUUUGCAACGGCGAUUCAGACCUGUCUCGCAGAUUUUAUUCCAUCAAAUGGGUCUCAAUUAAUUACUUAUGUUGAUGACUUAUUAAUCUCGAAUAAGACAAAGGAAUCAUGCAAACAGGACACAUUGGAAUUGUUGACUUAUCUUGCAAACACGGGCAACAAAGUAAGCAAAAAUAAAUUGCAGUUGUGGCAAAGCGAGGUGCGUUACUUGGGUCAUACCCUGACUAAGCAUGGCCGUACAGUCAAUGCUGACCGAAAAGCAGCAAUAUUAAAUGCUCCUCGCCCUGUCUCAAAAAGACAGCUUAUGAGUUUUUUAGGUCUGUGUAAUUACUGUAGGCAAUGGGUGCCAAAUUACUCAGAACUGGUUAAACCGCUACAGAAUGCAAUUUACUCCACACCUAUGGCUCCUAAUGAUUCUCUAAUCUGGACAGAGGAAAUGGUGACAGCUUUUUGUGAUGCUAAGACAAAAAUAGCAGGCUCUACAGUGUUGGCUCUUCCGAAUUAUUCAAAACCUUUCAUACAGAUGGUUGAUGCAAGAGAUGGACAUAUGGUUUCGGUUUUAUUACAGAAUUUUGGCGAAAAAUUACGUCCAGUUUCCUAUUACGCCAAAGAGCUGGAUGUGGUCGCUAGGGCGACCCCUCCGUGUGUUCAAGCAGUGCUUGCCGCUGCAUUGGCAGUGCAAGCAUCCGCUGAAGUAGUCUUGUUUCACCCACUUGUUCUUAAGGUUCCUCAUGCUGUGUCAAUAUUACUGUUGCAGACAAACAUGUCAUUUUUGUCGCCUGCAAGGCAUCUCUCAUGCAUGACAGUUUUAUUGUCACAACCGCACGUUACUAUUGAACGAUGUACUUCACUCAAUCCUGCUACUUUGAUUCCAAUUCCGUCGGACGGUGUAGAACAUAUGCAUGACUGUGAGACGGAGACUUUUAAGAUUGUUAAACCACGUCCGGAUUUACAAGAUACACCCCUUACAGAAGGCGAUGUUGUUUACGUGGAUGGUUCUGCAUGCAAAGAUAGUCACGGUCAAAAUAAGGUUGCGUAUGCCGUCACUACAGUGGACAAAUUGGUGUUUUCUGAGGCCUUACCCUCUAGGCUAUCAGCACAGGCUGCUGAAAUUAUAGCGUUGACAAAAGCUUGUGAAUUGUACAAAGACAGAGUUGUGACAAUUUAUACUGAUAGUCAAUAUGCUUUCAGCGCAUCGCAUGUAUUUUGUGCGCACUGGAAACGGAGAGGCUAUUUGACUUCCAGUGGGAAGGAGGUUAAACACAAAGUUUUACUUCAGCGUCUGUUGCAAGCCAUACAGCUGCCGCUAAAAAUAGCCAUUUGUAAGUGUGAGGCGCACACAAACAGAACAGAUGAUGUGUCAAAAGGAAAUGCCUUGGCCGACAGAAUGGCUAAAGAGACUGCUGCCAUUUGUUUGUCUCAGGAUGGAGACAGCACUCCUGAGGUGCUAAAAGACAUGCAGUUUGCUGCACCCGACAAUGAGAGACAAACUUGGGUUAAACACGACAAUACAAAUUCUUUUGAAGUUACAGAUGCCCUGGAACAGCUGCGAAGUAUUGGUGCGGCGAUGAGUAAAGAUGAAGUGGUCGAUGACAAGCCAUGGAACCCACUUUCGUGGCUUAUGAUGGGGAAUUGGUGGGAGAUUGUCCUCAAGCUGCUGGCUCCUAUUCUGAUUGUAUAA